AUGGAACAGUUCGCCGUGCCAGACUUUGUGCCCGAGCGCUAUGUUAAGGAGUUGGCGAGGUCUUGUGUCGGAGGGGAGGAGCUCCAACAACAGAAGGAGCAAAUACAAGGAUUAGCGGAAGAGACUGCAAACGCCCUUAAGAAAAAUGUGUAUGAGAACUACAUGCAGUUUAUCGAGACCGCUACAGAGAUAUCCCACCUAGAAGCUGAAAUGUAUAAGCUCUCUCACUUGCUAAGUGAGCAGCGUACUGUGCUUACUACACUGUCCCACGCGUCAAUUUUAGGUAACGAAAAUGCUAUAUCCCGCGAAUCACUUGACAAUCACGACGUUGAAGCGGAACGUGCCGAAGAACAACGUAAAAAUAAACUCAACCUCAUAGCUGAGAAAGUAGAAGGUUGCAUGAAUUUAUUAGAUGUUCCUGACCGAACUUUGCUUCACGAAGGCGACUUACUCGAGAUAGACGCCGAGGAAAAUACUGCCGUGCAAAGAAUGCAUGUGUAUUUGUUUAAUGAUUGCCUUAUGUUGACUUCAUGGAUAUCUAAUCGUAGAGGUCCUAAUAGGUAUAAGUUUCAAUCCUGUUAUCCAAUUAGUACUAUAGCUGUGGUUAAUGUGCGAGACUUGGGAAGUGUCAAGCAGGCCUUUAAAGUUUUGGCUUUUCCAGAUACAAGGGUAUUUCAGUGCAACAGUUUUGCCAUUAAGAAGGACUGGUUGGAUAAGUUUGAUGUUGCAAAAAAAAUUCAUGUUGAAAAAGAAAAUUCUAAGCAGAAGAAAAAGGAAACUCAAGAUAAGCCCAAACCAGAGUCACUAGACUCACCUAGUCUCUCUGAUGAAGAACUACCAUCUCCCCAAGUAGCUCCUCUACCAGAGUGGUUAGCUGAUGUAACGGAAGAGUUAGAUGUGCUUAUUGUAGAAAGACAUUUCCAGAAAACUUAUGAACUCUUGGUGUCAGCACAAAAGGGCCUAAAUGCAGAGGAAUAUAAAAACCACCCACAAAGGGUGGACAUCCUAAAGCGAAUUGAGCUGAAGCAGAAAGCUUUGAUUGAAAUAUUGUUAAAAGAACUAGAUGUAACACAUAAUUGGAGUCCAAGGGGAGGUUUACAGUCUUCACGGCAGCCUGUACACAUACUUAAUAAGUUUAACAUGACCAGUCAAGCAUGUGAACUGUUCCUUGCUAUUUGCAGUCAUACAGUAAAGGUUCAUGUCAAGGGGGUCCAACUAGAAGGAUCUAUUAAUAGUUAUGUAAAGCAAGUGGGUGAAGUCUUCUUUUGCUCAUUAAGUGAUGCCUUAACAGAGUUCAUUAUGUUAUUUCCUAAGAACAAACUUAGUGCUUUCGUAGUGUGGGCUAGUGAGCAACUUAGAAUAUUAAUGAGUCAAAUUAUAAAGCAGAUAUUUACUCCGCAAUGUGCUUUAGAUUCGGUGUUGGAAUGUGUACAGAGUUUACGAGAUCAGUGUACACUGUUCUGUGAAUUUGGUUUAGAUUUCAGAUUCCAGAUGAAUAGCUGUCUAAGGUCUUCUAUAGUGAAAGCUUUGAGAGAAUACAAAGAGAAAAUUAUGGAUUCUAUGAAAGGGAAAGUAUCAGAAGAUAAAUGGACACCUGUUAAUAUGCAUACAAAAGCUGGAGUAAAUAAAUUCUUAUUGCAGAUGGAGAACUUGGGCCUUAUAUUAGCUAAGUACAUAAUUAAUGAAACAUGGGUUGACUUAUCAAGUAGUACAAUAUGGUUUGCCCAGUCUGUUAUUACUAUACAGAAAGUUGGAUUGAAGUUGGUCACUAAAGACUGUAUGAAAGAGUUAGAUGAGUGCAUCUAUGCCGUCUUCAAUUCCCGCCUUAUGCUUUCCUUGGGCAAUGAUUCUAGUUAUGCUCAGAAAAACUUUAAGUUUAUUUUAGACACAGUAAUGCCUUUAAUGCUCAGAUGUUACAAAGAGGAAGUUGGAUAUGAAAAUGCUAAGCUAGUUAGUCUCGCUAAGAAGUUUGGUGUAUAUGUGGCACCACCAAAGAAAUCCAACAUCACAAAAUACACGAGUAACGAAUAUUUAUGA